AUCGCUGACAGCAGCAGACUAAAGCAGAUCAGACUGGGGACACUUGAGGAAUGGCCUCUGAACGGGAUGAAUCCAACACAACCAGAAACCUGACCAACCAGUUCGUGCAGCCGGCGUGGCGCAUCGCGCUGUGGUCGGUGGCUUACAUCGCGGUGCUGGCAGUGGCAGUUUUUGGAAACUUGAUUGUGAUUUGGAUUAUCUUGGCGCACAAGCGGAUGAGAACGGUCACCAACUACUUCCUGCUGAACUUGGCUUUCUCCGAUGUUUCGAUGGCUGCGUUCAACACGCUCAUCAACUUCAUCUACGCUGCUCACGGAGAGUGGUACUUCGGGGAGGUGUACUGCAGGUUUCACAACUUCUUCCCGGUCACUGCGGUGUUCGCCAGCAUCUACUCCAUGACCGCCAUAGCCAUCGACAGGUACAUGGCCAUCAUCCACCCGUUGAAGCCUCGUCUGUCUGCGAAGGCCACCACAGGAGUUAUUGUCUGUAUCUGGAGUCUGGCCGUGGUUCUGGCCUUCCCUCUCUGUUACUUCUCCACCACCCGUACUCUACCCCGCAGGACCCUGUGCUACGUGGCCUGGCCCCGCAUGGCCGACGACUCCUUCAUGUAUCAUAUCAUAGUCACAGUUCUGGUCUACGUACUGCCCCUAGUGGUGAUGGGCAUCACUUACACUAUUGUGGGGGUCACUCUCUGGGGAGGGAAGAUCCCAGGAGACUCAUCUGAUAACUAUCAUGGACAACUCAGGGCCAAACGCAAGGUGGUGAAGAUGAUGAUCAUCGUAGUGGUGACCUUUGCCCUCUGCUGGCUGCCCUAUCACGUCUACUUCAUUGUGACGGGUCUCAACAAGCGUCUGAGCAAGUGGAAGUACAUCCAGCAGGUCUACCUGUCAGUGCUGUGGCUGGCAAUGAGCUCCACCAUGUACAACCCCAUCAUCUACUGCUGCCUUAACAGCAGGUUCCGGGCAGGCUUCAAGCAGGUUUUCCGCUGGUGUCCAUUUGUCCAGGUCUCAAGCUACGACGAGCUGGAGCUCCGAAACACAAGACUUCGACCGGGUCGCCAGAGCAGCAUGUGUACCCUCUCUCGGGUCGACACCAGCAUCCUCAGCAAAGACAAGAGCAUUCAUUUCCAUGGACACAGGUCAAGACUAAAUUCUGAGCCCAACAAUUAGUUAGUUAGUUGUCUCCACUGGACACAAUCCAGUUUUCAAACUGCGGUCUGCCUCCCUGAUGAUCCGGCCUGUUUAUCAACAGCUGCAGCAGUGGCUGUGGCACACAAACUCAUGGAGGCAAUUAAGGUACAAUAAACUAAUCUCAACACAUCAUGUCAGAUUGAGUAUAACUAACACUUUCCAAGGAUAUUAUUAUCUCAGAUGUUCAUCGCUAAAAGUCAUAGUUAAGACUUUACUUUUAACUGCAGAACUUGACUGAGAAUCAUCAUGUUUUUAAGUUGUAUUCAAUAUCAAAGUAAUCUGGUGAUAGUUGUACAUUCACGUGAGAACAUACAAAUUAAAAAAAGGAACUGCUUAAAGCUAAUUCUGCAUUAUGCCAAAUUAAGCUGUCCCACAUGUCUUUAUAAUGAUAUAUAUAUAUAUUUAUAUAUAUAUAUUGCCUAUUAUACAAAUCUACAAAUACUUUGUCAUCAUCAUUUACUUUCAGCUGCUUUUGACGACUUGACUGAUUUAGUGUGCUCAUGUUAGACAUAUAUUCAUGUCAUCAGACAAUUAAUCGGAGGAUUUCAUCAACAAUACCUGCAGCAUCCGUAUUACAGCUGCUCUCCCAGCAUUAAUGCCCUUAAAUCUAUAAUAAUUAAGUUACCGUGAUUCUGGUUGGGUGUAAAUUCGUGUUUGAUGCUGUAAUUUGUUAGUUUGAGAAAGUAUUUGCGAAUUCAAAACUUGUUGGGGACUGUAUAGAGUUACUGUUUAUU